UAUAAAUACUAUUUUACUAUGUUUUUGAAUUAAUUGGUUUUAGAAGGUGUAUGAUUGAAGAAAGCCACAAACUUGUUGUGGUCCAAGUCUUUUCCAAGUUAAAUUAAAAUUGUUUUUAUUGUUACUACUUACUAGAAAACCUUCUACAAUAUAUCUAUCACUCACUAAAAGAUGGCUUCUUUUUCUUUUAAUCUAUAAGAUAUAGCAGUUAACUUAAGACUUAAUACCCUCUUUGAUUUCAGUGAAACUUGUUAUAGAUUAUAUUAGGAAACAAUUUUUAUAAACUAUAAAGAAUUGUGCUAAAGAACUUGGCCAAAUGUUUAUUCUUUGAUAAAUUUUGGAGAUUUUGGAACCAAAGAUGUGGCAAGAUAGAGAAAAUGGAAAUAAUAAUUUUAUAUAUAAUUAAAGAAUCAUGCAUAUGUAAUUUAAGAAAGAUGGAAAUAUAUAUAUUCAUGCCUUUCUUGCCAUACACGCUUCUUAUACCUCCAAACCCAUUUUGCCUAAUCCCUUCCUUCUUCACAACACUCCCUUUGUAUUAUUAUUAUUUCAUGCCUCAUUCUUCAUCUUUCUAAAGAAAAGCCUAUAAUAUAUUUCUCCAAUACUAUUAACAUCCUUAAUAAAAAAAAUUCUUUCAAAGGAAAAUGGUGAGAUCUUGUUCUUCAAAAUCAAAAAAUCCUUGGGCAAACGAAGAAGACACCGCCCAAAAGUUUGUGUUUGCAUCUGCGUCCAAAAACGGAUCUGCAGCUCCUAAGAAAAUAGGACUUAGGAGAUGUGGGAAGAGUUGCAGAGUGAGAAAGACUGAUCAUUCAGGAACAAAGCAUGAGAGCUUCACUUCUGAAGAAGAAGAUCUGAUCAUCAAGAUGCACGCAGCAAUGGGAAGCAGGUGGCAACUUAUUGCACAACAUUUACCAGGAAAGACAGAAGAAGAAGUGAAGAUGUUUUGGAACACAAAACUAAAGAAGAAACUGUCUGAGAUGGGGAUAGAUCAUGUCACUCACCGGCCCUUCUCUCACGUACUUGCUGAAUACGGCAACAUCAAUGGUGGUGGAAACAUAAACCCUAAUCCCUUGAACCAAGCCGGAUCUCUUGGACGUAAUCACUCGCUCAACGAUGAUGCUCAUCAACAACAACAACCUGAUGAUUCAGGAGAUCUCAUGUUUCAUUUACAAGCAAUCAAGCUUAUGACUGAGUCAUCGAACCAAGUCAAGCCCGAGUCUACGUUUGUGUACGCCUCUUCGUCUUCUUCUAAUUCGUCUCCUCCAUUAUUCUCUUCAACAUGUUCUACCAUUGCUCAGGAGAAUUUAGAGGUUAACUUCACUUGGUCUGACUUUCUUCUUGAACAAGAAACCUUCCAUGAAAACCAACAGAGUCAUCCUCAAGAACUAGACAGCUUGUUUGGGAACGACUUCUCUGAGGCAGCAGCAGCAGCUACGAUGACCAAUUCAUCAACUGUAGCUCCUCACGUUGAAGAAGAAUCUUCCUGCAACGGGUUCGUUGAAUCAAUCAUAGCUAAAGAAAAAGAGUUGUUCUUGGGAUUUCCUAGCUAUUUGGAGCAGCCUUUCCAUUUUUAGUUUAUCUUAUCUUAUUCUCAAUUACUCAAUAAAGAAACAAUCUAAUAAAGAGAAAGAAUUGCUUCUUAUAAAUCUUCGUUUUUUUGGAUAUUGUUACAAAUUCAA